AUGUCUGGCCUUUUCGAAGACGCAACACCUGACCCGGUGAAGAACGCAAAGGGUCUUCAUCUUAUCACCCAGUCCACGCCCAAUGGCCAAAAGGUGCAAAUCAUGCUCGAGGAGCUGAAAGACGUCUACGGCACCGAAUGGACUCAAAGCAUUAUCCACAUCAUGACCAACAUCCAAAAAGAAGACUGGUUCCUCCGUCUCGACGCGAAUGGGCGCAUCCCUAUUCUUGUCGAUCAUACUAAAUCGCCCCCCUUCCCCGUUAUGGAAACUUCCGCCGAGCUCCUCUACCUCCUCAAAGAAUACGACAGCAAAGACGUCUUCGGCUUCAAGGAUGAGCUCGAACGCUCCCAAUGCCUGCAAUGGCUCUUUUUCUGGCACGGCAGCGGGGCGCCCUACAUGGGCCAGGUCAACCACUUCAACAAGUAUGCUCCAGAGAAGAUACCUUAUGCGAUUAACAGAUUUAAGAAUGAGACCUUGAGGGUAUAUGGCGUGCUGGAGAUCCAGUUGAGUGGGAAGUAUACUGGCGAGCCAAAGGAGUACCUCGCGGGUCAGGGGAAGGGAAAGUAUAGUGUUGCCGAUAUUGGGACAUGGCCGUGGGUGAAGGGCUGGGACUAUUCAGGAGUCACGACGAAGGAGGUUAUGGAGAAACAGUUUCCGCACUUGCUGAAGUGGAUUGAUCGCAUCGCGGAAAGACCAGCAGUGAAGAGAGGGACAGGCGAAAAGUAUAACAAUAAGGGUGGUGAAGGGGUGUUGCCUGGGCAGGAAGGGACUUGA